CCCCGCUCCGCUUCAUGCGGGGGCGGGGGGAAGCACUUGCUCGCUCCCAAGGCCUAGGAGGGCAGGGCCCACGAUGGGGCGGGCCCCCGCUUGUGCCUCUGGGCGCUUUUCACAAGCAGCCGGAGCUGGCACCAGCCCUUCUGCCGGGGGCCGCCCCCGCGCCCUGCUCACCCUGGCCGGGACCCAGCGGCGCUGGAGACAAAGCGGAGCGCGGAGCUCAGAGCCGGAGCCAGGGGCAAGAUUAAGAAGCUGCUUUGAUUACAAAGAGAGUUUGACUCCGUUUGCCUAAUAUUUUUAACAGAAGAUGUUAAGUAAAAGUGAAUCCCUUACUUCAUGGCAGGAAUCGGUGAUGAGUUCGACCUGGCUGACUUACAUAUUAGAACAAUGGACUGGUGUGGAGUACCACUAUUUAUACUAUAUUGGCUUCGGCUUCUGGGUGUUAAACAUAAUAUUCUUUGCACCUCUUUUAAUUUUCAUGAGCGUUAGUUGUUUUUUAAAUCUUCUUCUGCACAUUUACAAGAGAAAGAAUGGCCUAGAUGAGGAUUUCUCCAGUAAGUCAUGGGACAACGGAAGGUUCAUGGUGACAUCCAUACUUAGUAUGUGUGGAAAACUGUGGCACGGUUAUGAGAUUCAUGGUACAGAAAAAAUUCCAGAAGGACCAGGGCUUAUAGUUUAUUACCAUGGAGCCAUUCCUUUAGACUACGGCUACUUUAUCUGUAAUCUUUAUAUACAGACGGGAAGACUCUGUUACUCAGCAGUUGAUCGCUUCUUUGCUAAGUUACCAGGAAUACAACUGCUUUUUAACCUGUUACCUGCAGUGCAUAGUGGAAGAAAUGAAAGUGUUGAAAUUCUGAAGAAAGGCAACUUAUUGGGUGUCUCACCAGGUGGAAGUCGAGAAGCAUUCUUUAGUGAUGAAAACUACAACCUCCUGUGGGGUAAUCGCAAAGGCUUUGCUCAAGUGGCCAUAGAUGCAAAAGUGCCCAUCAUCCCUUUGUUUACACAGAAUAUUCGGGAAGGAUAUAGGAUGCUUGGAAAUAUAGGGUUUUUUAGGUGGUUCUAUGAACAUUCUCGAUUCCUACUCAUUCCUGGAUAUGGAGGGUUCCCAGUCAAACUUCGCACUUAUAUUGGAGAUCCCAUUCCAUAUGAUCCAAAUAUAACAGCUACGGAACUAGCUGAAAAGACAAAGAUUGCCAUUGAAAGGCUAAGAGACAGACACCAAAAACUACCAGGAAGUAUACUAAGAGCUCUGUUGGAACGAUUUGAUAAACAUCAGAAAGAAGACUAGUGUAUUUAAAUAUAUAUGUUGUUGUUAAAUAUUAAAAACUGUUAGUGUUACUUGUGGGAAGAAAAAUUGUAGUUUUCUUAAAAGGACAAGAGACUGCAAAUUACAUGCAUCAAACAUUUAGUCACAUCACUGCCUUAAAAUCUCUCUCUCUCUCUCUCUCUCUCUCUCAUCUGGUCUGGCUACUUCAAUCCAAAUAAUAAAAGAAAAGGAAAUUAAGAGGAUCAUUAUACUUAGAGAAAUUGAUUAGAGAUUCUUAAACCACAUGAGAGCAGACAUUAUUCUGACAUAAAAGUUAGAGCUCAUGUAACAUUAGGAGCACAUUGUGGGAGGUCAAUUAUACAGGGAAUUGACAUCAGAAAACUUUUGUGUUUGGUUGUUGAUAGGAGAAUACAGCCCAUGUACAGACCAGAUGAGAGAGAGAGAGAGAGAGAUUUUGAGACAUUAUGAGUAUAACGCACUUGUAACUAUAUUUUAAUAUUUAAUAAAGGUGCACAUAAAUGUAUAAAAGGUAAAAAAGUUACGAUUUAUCAAUGUUGCCUUUGCAUUAAUGUUGAGUGUUUCCCUUACAGUUUUUUCCUUUGAACAAAAAGCCUCUGAUUAAUUUUAAAAAAUUGCAAUUGGAUUAUUGAUUGAGGUAAACUAUAUGUACAUAUAUUUAUAUCGGAGGUCCUUAUGAGCUCUCCAAAAAAAUGGUGGUACUUUGGUUAAAACCCAACCAUAAUAAUUAAAUAGUGUGAUACCACUGUGACACUACACCCCAUAUUCAUCAUAGUUGUAUGAUUGUGAUAUGAUAUGUCUUAUGAGCUGUCUAUGGAAAAGUUAUGAUUUGCUGAAUAUGAUUAUCCUAUUUGUGUGCAUGUAUCAUUUUUGUAUCUGAAAUUACGAGUAUUGACUAUGUAUCUGUAUUUCAAAUGUGCUUACUCUGGAUAACACCCACAACUAGCCUUUCGGGUACAACAAUGAAGAAGCUAUACAGUGCUGGUGGCUCAUCAACAAAGACAAUGGACAAUGGAAGGCUUCCUGUGACUGUUUCAGCCAGGCUAUGAGUAAUGGCUGCUAUAACUCAGCAAGGCAUGGAAGGGCAUGUGACUAGACCACAUGACACUGAACUCCAUUUUGGUACCUGUAUUUUUUCACAAACUGGGCUGGGACCUUAGCUCGGAACAAAGGGUUUCCUCCAUAUGGAGAAACUAUAUAAGGUGGGGGGUGACAUCAUGAUUUGUCUUCAGUCUCCCGCAGUCCAACACCCGAAAGAAGCUCUGAAAGACAAAGGGUUUGUAAUGGGGGAGGGGAACCCAAGCUGCACAGCAAUUGUGGUCUGUGCCUUAAGAAUCUGCAAGCCUGCUUGUAUCAUCAGUCAGGGUGAGAAAUUGCUAAUCUGCAUCCUAUCUAUCUAAUACAUUAGGUUUAGUUUGUGUUUUUGUUUAUUUGCUCGGUAGUCUGUUUGCUAUAAUGUAUAAUCACUUAAAAUCUAUCUUUCUGUAGUUAAUAAACUUGUUUUAUGCUCUA